AUGUCGAUAAUUCCAAGCAUCUUCGGUGGCCGAUGCAACAUUUUCAAUUCAUUCUCAUUUGUAUGGGAUCUAUUCAGUUCACCAUCAUUUGCCAUCAUGCGCACCGAGUUUCCUAAUGAAGCGACUCAAUUCGCAAACACUCAAAUCGAUUGGAAAGAAACACCAGAAUCUCAUGUGUUCAAAGCAGAUCUUCCGGGGUUAAAGAAAGAAGAAGUAAAAGUUGAAGUUGAGGAAGGAAAAAUAUUACAAAUAAGUGCAGAAAUAAAAAAACAAAAAGAAGAAAAGAAUGACCAGUGGCACCGAAUUGAACGUAGUAGUGGAAAGUUCCUUUGUCGGUUUAAGUUUCUGGAAAAUACGAAAGUUUAUCAAGUAAAACCUACUAUGGAAAAUGGUGUGUUAACUUUUAUUGUACCAAAAACUGAGGAGAAGAAGCCUGAAGUUAAAGCCAUUGAAAUAUCUGGCUAA